AUGAACGAAAGUUACCCGAACACCAAGUGGGAAUAUAAAAAGCCCAAUAGCACACAAUUAUUCCGAUCGCAACAGGCCGCGGCGGCGGGAGGCCAAGCGGCGGCUGCCCAGCUGCAGCUGCUUCAACAACAACAACAGCAACAGUUUCAACUGCAGCAACAAUUAGCAGCCCAACAGGCCUUCACGCAAGCCCCGUACGUCAUAAACGCCGGACAAGAGGGUGCACCGUACGUGAGCGCGCUCAUAGCGGGAGUUCCGCCGUACUAUGGAGUGGCAGCGCCGUGGGGCGUGUACCCGGGCCUGGUCGCGCAGCCGACUCAGCAACAAGCGCAGCAACCGCGACGACCCUUAACACCCCAGGCGGGCGAACAGCAGGUCAAUGGGCAGGGACAGUACGUCAUUCCCUACUACGAUCCCAGUUCGCUGGUGAUGGGCGGGCGAAACGGCACGCCGCUGCGUCUCGUUUCGCCCGGUGGAGUGCUCGCGCCGCGGCAGUACCCGGCCCCUGCGCACGCGCCCGCCACCCCCGCGCCACCUCAAUCGGGCCAGCCACAAUCUCAGCCACACCAACCGCAAACUGGCGGCGCGGUGACGCGACGGGACUCGCUCGAGUUCGGCGGAGGCCCCGCGGCCGCUCUGCAGGACUACGCCCGCAAAUGGGGACCCUCGCCCCUGUCGCCCCCGUUGGCCGCGGCGCUGGGUCCCGUCGGCCUGAGACCGGUGUCCGCCGCUCCCGGCGCUGAAACCGCUAAAUACAGAGCCGUGAGCAGUUUAGCCCAGGGGCUGACCUCCAAUGGCGGCAUGUUCGGGUCGUCAUCCUCGCUAUUGAGCAAACUGAGCGGCGUCGGCACCAUCUCAGAAUUAGUCGGCGGCGGUGUCGGUGUCGGCGUGGGCGUAGGUGUAGGGGUCGGUUCGGUGGGUGUGGGGUCAGUCGGAGGGUUGGUCAGCGAGAAGCCGGCGGCCGGCCGUUCGCGACUCCUCGAAGAUUUCCGCAACAACCGCAUUCCCAACCUACAGCUGAGGGAGCUGGCAAAUCAUAUUGUCGAGUUUUCGCAGGACCAGCACGGAUCCAGAUUUAUUCAACAAAAGCUGGAGAGAGCCACCGUUCAAGAAAAGCAAAUGGUAUUUAACGAGAUCAUCGGCGCAGCGUACAGCUUAAUGACAGAUGUCUUUGGAAAUUAUGUCAUUCAGAAGUUUUUCGAAUUUGGCACGGCCGAACAGAAGACAACUUUAGCACAAAAGGUGCGCGGCCACGUGUUAGCUCUGGCGCUGCAGAUGUACGGGUGUCGCGUUAUUCAGAAAGCGUUGGAAUCUAUUCCGCCGGAACAACAACAGGAGGUGGUGCGGGAGCUGGAUGGACACGUUCUCAAGUGUGUCAAAGACCAGAACGGCAACCACGUGGUGCAAAAAUGUAUAGAGUGCGUGGAGCCAAACGCGCUGCAGUUCAUCAUAAACGCGUUCGCGGGCCAAGUGUACGCGUUGUCGACCCACCCGUACGGCUGCCGCGUGAUCCAGCGCAUCCUGGAGCACUGCACGCCGGAGCAGACGGCGCCGGUCCUGGCCGAGCUGCAUGCGCACACCGACCAGCUCAUUCAAGACCAGUACGGGAACUACGUCGUACAGCACGUGCUGGAGCACGGCGCGGCCGAGGAUCGCGCGCGCCUGGUCGGAGCGGUGCGCGGCAAAGUGCUGCAGCUCUCGCAGCACAAGUUCGCCUCCAACGUGGUCGAGAAGUGCGUCAGCCACGCGACGCGCAACGAGCGCGCCCUGCUCAUCGACGAGUUAUGCGGCUUUAAUGACAAUGCUCUCCAUAUGAUGAUGAAAGACCAGUAUGCGAACUACGUCGUGCAGAAGAUGAUAGACGUGGCAGAGCCGACGCAGCGCAAGGUUUUAAUGCACAAAAUCCGACCACACAUUGGAUCGCUGCGCAAGUACACGUACGGGAAGCACAUCAUCGCUAAGCUCGAAAAGUUCUUCAUGAAAGCGCCGGAACUCGGCCCCAUCGGGCCCCCGCAGUCCAACCCCGGCUUGUAG